AUGCUGCACUACAUAGGUCCAAUGCCAGGUGCAAGUCAGUUGGAGUCCGGAAUAAGUGGGGGCAGUAUUUAUGUGGAUAGAGUUGUACAGGAGAGUGCAGUAGAUGGGUUGGUUCAAGAUCAAUUGCCAGACGACGCUAUUUUAUUGUGUCUUGGCACUAAUCAUGCUGCUCUAAAGAAUGAACUGGUUGACAAGAUGAAGUCGCCCAGCUGUCUGGUCAAGAUUUUGCUACCACUCCUUGUUUCAACAAUUGGAUCAAAAUCACCAGCAACCUUUGUUCAGGCUGGAAUAGAAAGUGUGCGCGAGGGUCCGGAUUCCCCAAUGGCGUUUAUUUCAGGGGCAGACCAAUGGAUGCGCCAGUAUUCAGCAAGGAUGGUUGCCAUGUUGCCCAGGAGUGUUCGCCAUGAGAUGCUUUCACUUUGUGUCUAUACUGAGUAUGAAAGCAUUUUCACGGUGAGAAACAAGAUCGAACCCGUCUGCUCCGAGUUGAAAAAGAUUAUUCAUUUCACAUGGAAGGCUUUUGGUUUGAUCCAUGGAUUUGUUGAUGAACGGGCACCACUACAAGUCCCAAAGUAUCUGUACAUGUUGAGUUUGCAGAAUGGAGAAAAUCUUGUUGACGGUUCCCCCGAACUACUACAAUACACAUCAUUUUGUUUCUUCGAAUCAUCAGAAUCUUUGAAGGGUGCAUAUGCCAUUGGCAGCACUUUGGCAACAAUUCUUUACAUCUGCCGUCUGGGCAGUCUUGGAGAGGCUUUCAAGUGUAAUGGGAAUAAUUAUAUUGGUCGACAGCUGGCUCUAUAG